UGAUGUAGUCAGCUGGUGUGUUUCAGAAGAAGCCAUGAGACGCCUGAAACUGCAAUGGAGCUGGCUAGCCAUUUUGCUGGUUUCAUGCCUAAGAACGUAUGCAUCAAGUGCCUCUAAACCCAAUAUUUUACUGAUGAUGGCUGAUGAUCUUGGUUUGGGGGAUGUAGGCUGCUAUGGCAAUGAUACACUAAGGACCCCUAAUAUUGAUCAGCUGGCAAAGGAAGGAGUAAAACUUACUCAGCACAUUGCUGCAGCUCCCCUUUGCACACCAAGCAGAGCUGCUUUUCUGACUGGCAGAUACCCUAUCAGAUCAGGAAUGGGAUCCAGCACUAAACAGCGUGUUCUUUAUUGGACUGGUGGCUCAGGAGGGCUCCCUCCAAAUGAAACAACUUUUGCCAGAAUACUGCAGCAGCAAGGUUAUACCACAGCACUUAUAGGAAAGUGGCAUCAGGGUAUGAACUGUGAAUCCCACAGUGAUCACUGCCAUCACCCUUUAAACCAUGGCUUUGACUAUUUUUAUGGCAUGCCUUUUACCCUUGUGAAUGAAUGCCAAAGUACAGAAAAUCGUCGCCUCAACGCAUUGGUGCAAGCUAAAUAUUGGCUUUACAGUCAGAUAAUUGCCCUUACAGUGCUCACACUUUUGAUUGGAAGACUGACCGGCUUAUUCUUGGUAAAAUGGAAAGCAAUCAUCUGCUUUGCCCUGUGUGGUUUCCUGUUUUUCAUCUCCUGGUUCUCCAGUUAUGGAUUUGUAAAGUAUUGGAACUGUAUCCUGCUGAGAAACCAUGACAUUAGUGAACAACCAAUGAAGCUAGAAAAAGCCACUUCCAAUGUACUUAAGGAGGCUGUUUCAUUUAUUGAACGAAACAAGCAUGGCCCAUUCCUCCUCUUUGUUUCCUUUUUACAUGUCCACAUACCCCUCGUCACCACAGAGAAGUUUCUUGGGAAGAGUAGACAUGGUUUAUAUGGAGAUAAUGUAGAGGAGAUGGACUGGAUGGUGGGCAGAAUUCUGGAUGCUAUUGACAAAGAAGGCUUGAAGAAUAACACAUUCACUUAUUUCGCAUCUGACCAUGGAGGACACUUGGAGGCUCAAAAACAAAAUGCCCAAUUAGGUGGUUGGAAUGGAAUAUACAAAGGUGGAAAAGGCAUGGGAGGCUGGGAAGGAGGGAUCCGUGUGCCAGGGAUAUUUAGAUGGCCGGGAGUAUUGCCUGCGGAUACAGUUAUUGAUGAACCUACAAGUCUUAUGGACAUUUACCCCACAGUGGCUCACCUGGCUGCAGGGAUAAUGCCUCAGGAUAGAGUGAUCGAUGGUCGAAACCUGAUGCCUUUACUGCAGGGAAAAGUUCAGCAUUCGGAGCAUGAGUUCAUGUUUCACUACUGUGGGGUAUAUUUACAUGCAGUACGGUGGCACCAAAAAGACAGUGGUGCACUGUGGAAGGCUCAUUAUACAACUCCAAUAUUCCAGCCAGAGGGUGCUGGAGCCUGUUAUAAAAGUGGAUUGUGCAGUUGCUUCGGGGAAGACGUAACCCAUCAUGACCCUCCUUUGCUCUUUGAUCUCUCCAGCGACCCUGCUGAGAUCAAACCUCUGUCUCCUGACACUGAGCCCCUGUUUGACACAGUAAUAAGCAGAAUAGAAAGAGCUGUUCAGGAGCAUCGCCAGACACUGACUCCAGUGCCUCAGCAGCUCUCUGAGUACAACAACGUCUGGAAGCCCUGGCUGCAGCCAUGCUGUGGGACAUUCCCAUUUUGCUGGUGUGACAAAGAAGGUGACAGUGACAGGAAAUUCUUUAACCAAGGAAAGAACAGGGAGACAGUCAAACAGCUAGUAACCUGAAAAAAGAGAACAACACUUAAAUGACCUUGGCUAAAUUACACUGGACUAUUUGAAACAGACAUUCCUCUCACUUCUGAUUCACCCUAUCAAUGCUCUGUUCAGUAGACCUGGAGUCUUCUUGAUUAAGGCCUGAACACAAUCUCUGGCCCAAAUUCUGUUUCAGUUACACCAGUGCAAUUUGGCCCUCAACAGCAAACUCAGGCUUUGGCCCCAAAUAAAUCAACUGGAAUUUUUUUCUACUGGCUUUAAAUUCAAGCAAAUUAUUGAUUAUAUAAAACUAAAUCACUGGGGUAGUUUCUGUUUAAGUGUUACUCAGGUAAAGUGUCACACUCCAUAGGCUUGUGUCAGAGGAUGAAUCUCAGAGACUAUCCUGUAUUUAAAAACAAACAUGCAUUCAGUUUGGUAAUAUGUUGAAACAUGUUCACCUCAGUGAUUAUACAUCUACUAAAUCACAUCAGUACCUUGUCAGCAAAUCUGGUUGUCUGCCAGGCCAUGAGUCCCACGACAAAAGGUCAAGACUUUUAAAUAUUGGGUACCUAAUGUUAGACUCUUAAACCCAUAGAGAGAUGCUGUAAUAAAUGGCUUGAUAUUCUGAAGUCCUGAGAUUCCGCAGCUCCCACUGAAUUAAAUGCGAACUACAAAUGGCACAGCUCUUGAAAAUGAUGCACCACGUAUGUUCUGUAUUGAACUAGUUCUCUCAGCUACUUCAAGUGUUGAACUUCAUCCUUCAGAAAGAUAUGACUCAGUAGCUGCUUUGACAGGGCUGGUACCAAAUUUCACAGGCAGUGGGUAUGGCUAUACUGCAAGGAAAGCCCAGGGUUAGUGAAACUCAAGUCAGCUGACCGGUGUUUGGUAUCCCUGAGCUUGAGCAUCUAUAUUGUACGCUAUCCCUACAUUAAGACUUUUCUAACUGCUGAGUGAACCUGGGACUCUGGCAGGGGUGGAAGUGGGCUGGUAGAACGUACCGGUCACCGAUACCAGCCCAUACGCAGCUAACGUUAAAGCACUGCUGUGGCAGUGCUUUAAUGUUGUUGCCCCUUUUGCACACACACAUACC